GCGUCUGCGGCUCGCGCUGUGCCAACUGUCCUCGCGCACUCGGCUGGUGCUGGUCAAAGUGCAGGGCGGCUCCUGCUGAGGAGGUUCUGGGAAGCUAGAAAAAGGUGUUCAGCUGGGUUGAGAUCUGGUGACUGUGAAGGCCAUAGAAUAUGAUUCACAUCGUUUUCUUACUCAUCAUACCAUUCAGUGACCCCUCAUGUCCUGUGGAUGGGGGCAAUGUCAUCCUGGAAGAGACCGCGCACUUCAGGAUAGAAAUGUUUCAUCAUAGGAUAAAGGACUAUGGCGGCCAACAUGGGGUCAAUGCGUAUCCUCAUCAAGGGAGGGAAGGUGGUCAAUGACGACUUCACCCAGGAAGCAGAUGUCUACAUUGAGAAUGGCAUCAUUCAGCAGGUUGGAAAGGAGCUGAUGAUACCAGGUGGAGCUAAGGUGAUUGAUGCUUCUGGAAAGCUGGUGUUGCCAGGUGGAAUAGACACCAGCGUGCAUCUGCAGCAGACUUUCAUGAAUGCCGCCAUCCAGGAUGACUUCUACAGUGGGACCAAGGCAGCUCUCAUGGGUGGUACCACCAUGGUGAUGGCUCUGGUCUUUCCUGAACAACACUGCUCCCUGCUGGAUGCCUACGAAAAGUGUCGAGUUCUGGCUGACGCCAAGACGUGCUGCGACUACGCUCUGCAUGUCGGAGUGACCUGGUGGGGACCAAAGGUGCGUAGCGAGAUGGAGACCCUAGUGAGAGAACAUGGAGUGAACUCAUUCCAGAUGUUCAUGGCCUACAAAGACAUGAUGAUGCUGAGGGACUCUGAGCUGUUCCAGACGCUGCAGACCUGUAAAGACAUAGGGGCCAUUGCACGUGUGCAUGCAGAGAAUGGAGAGCUGGUGGCAGAGGGUGCCAAAGAGGCUCUGGAUUUGGGUAUCACUGGACCGGAGGGUAUUGAGAUCAGUCGACCAGAGGAGUUGGAGUCUGAGGCUACUCACAGAGCUGUUAUCAUUGCCAACAGGGCCCGCUGCCCAAUCUACCUGGUGAAUGUGUCCAGUAUGUCUGCUGGAGACAUGAUUGCUGCUGCUAAGAUGCAAGGUAAGGUGGUCCACGCAGAGACCACAGUGGCUCACGCAGUGCUGAAUGGGAUGCAGUAUUACCACCAGGACUGGGCUCAUGCUGCUGCCCAUGUCAUUGUCCCUCCUCUCCGCCUUGACCCCAACACACCCAGCUACCUCAUGGGCCUGCUGGGCAAUGACACUCUGAGCGUUGUGGCAUCAGAGCACCGUCCAUUUGGCACCAAGCAGAGGGCUCUAGGCAAAGAAGACUUCACCAAGAUCCCUCAUGGAGUGGCCGGAGUCCAGGACAGGAUGAGUGUGAUUUGGGAGAGAGGAGUGGUUACAGGAAAGAUGGAUGAAAAUCGUUUUGUGGCAGUGACGAGCUCUAACGCUGCAAAGAUCUACAACCUGUACCCACGCAAGGGUCGUAUUAUUCCCGGGGCUGAUGCCGAUGUGGUGGUCUGGGAUCCAGAUGCAACAAGGACCAUCUCUGUGAGCACUCAGGUGCAGGGCGGAGACUUCAAUCUCUACGAGGGGAUGCGCUGCCAUGGGGUUCCUCUAGUUACCAUCAGCCGAGGACGUUUGGUUUGUGAGAAUGGUGUGUUCAUGUGUGCCGAGGGAUCAGGAAAGUUCUACCCUCAGCGUAUGUUCCCUGACUAUCUCUAUAAGAAAAUGGUGCAGAGAGAAAAGGUCCAGGCUUAUAAAGGGGUUGUCAGGGAUCCAUACUCUGGUGAUGUGGCCAAGGUGGCAAACGCUAUGAAGAAGGAGUUCGGAUUGAGCCCUGUAGAUGGAGAGACGCCAAACAAACCCUGUGGCCGAGUGCACCAGGGCAUCCGGGACCUCCACGAGUCCUCUUUUAGUCUUUCAGGGUCUCAGGUUGAUGACCAUAUCCCGAAGAGGUCCUCGGCUCGGAUCCUGGCCCCUCCUGGUGGUCGCUCCAGUGGUAUUUGUUGAAGGAGUAAAUGUGCCAAUGUGAAUCACCCGUACCACAGUGACACCCAUGCAUGAAGACCAUCACAUGGAGACAGAGUGAAGUUUUUCCUGAGCACCACAGGUUCACAACAACUGGUGCUGUUUUUUUUUUUGUUUUUUUAACCUUCAGUAAUGUUAUUGUUGGAUGGUUUUGUUGUUUCGACAACAAUGUGACUGGUCAGUGGUUGUCUGUAGAUUCUUGUGUUGGACAGUAAACCUGUGGAAUCUGUAAGUGGCUACUCGUUUCUUAUCACGAGAAUAACAGCAAAAUAAUAAAGUGGGGGGAAAAAACACCUCUUGAUGGUUCCCUUGUGUCAU